AUGUCCCACCCUCAACCCGUCCCCCGGCCGCCCGAUAACAUAGAACCUGAAGAUGAUGGACUGCUAGACGCUGAUGAAGCAGCUGAAGAAAUAGUAGAUGACGACGGUGACCAUCCUAUGGAUGACGAAGACGACGAAGAUCUGGAAGCAGAAGAACAAGAAAUCCAACUGCAAAACGACUCCGCCGCCCAUUUUGACUCUCACACGGACAGCAUAUUCUGCAUCGCGCAACAUCCUACGGACCCAUCCAUCGUGAUAACAGGCGGCGGCGACGACGUCGCAUAUCUCUUCGACGCAUCUAUACCGCCUGCCGCUCAAGGCGCAGGCCAGCCUCAGGGCGAGAGGAAAGGCAUCCAACCCCUCCAAAAGUUGGACGGGCAUACCGACUCGGUCAAUGCCGUGGCCUUCACAUACCCGCGAGGUGAAUACGUGCUAACGGCCGGACUUGACGGGAAACUACGCGCAUGGAAAUCAUCAGAAGCAUCGGGCUCCAAGAAGUGGACAUUUGUCGCUGAGGCCGCCGAAGUGGAAGAGAUCAACUGGGUGGCCCCCUGUCCUAAUAAGGACCAUGAGAACGUAAUCGCUCUCGGCGCCAACGACGGCUCCGUUUGGGUCUAUCAGAUUAAUGCCGAGGACAAAGCCAGUCCGCUUACGAUCGUACAAGCGUUUUACCUCCACACUGCAUCAUGUACCGCGGGAGCGUGGACGCCAGACGGUUCGCUCCUCGCGACGGUGUCGGAAGAUGGCAGCCUGUAUGUGUGCGAUGUCUUCUCUGCCGGCCAAGCCGUUAUCUCGUUCACCACCGCAGACCAACGCUUCGAGGUUGAAGGCGGCCUUUACAGUGUGGCAUGCACUCCGUCAAUGGUGGCCGUGGGCGGCGCGGAUGGGAACAUCAAAGUCGUCGGUCUGCCGCAACCGGCUGAUCAGACCAAGAAGAACAGUGGCGCCAAAGGCGCCGGCAGACAACAGCAGGCUUCUUCGGCAGGACAGAUACUAGCAUCUUUACAAGCUCAAUCUGACGGCGUCGAGACUCUCUCCUUCUCUUCCCCACCCCUCAACAUCCUUGCCGCGGGAAGCGUCGAUGGAUCAAUCGCCCUCUUCGAUACGGCCCAUCGCUUCGCCGUGCGGAGACACAUCAAAGAGGCGCACGAAGAAUACGCGGUCGUCAAAGUCGAAUUCGUCAGAAAUCCGCAAAAGGGUGGUUGGAUAUUGACCUCGGCAGGUAUGGAUGGCGUGGUCAGGAGAUGGGAUGUCAGGGGUGGGACGACGGCGGCAGGACAAGGGUUCAUCCAGGAAUGGAAGGGCCACAGAGGGGAGGGAGAGGGCGGAGGUGUUUUGGGGUUUGUACAAGGCGGAGGUGGAAACAGGAUUGUCACGGCAGGCGACGACGGCGUCGCGUUGGUGUUCAGGGCGGACAUUGUAUGA